GUGUAUGCAGUACCACUGAGACGUUUCAUAGCUGAAACAGGAGCUCUGCCACCAGUCUCAUCUCCUGAAAAAACUAUUGAGAUUUAGUUGUGAUUGGGUUUACCAGAGGCUUUUUUCUCUCUUGGUUUUCUCCAGAGAGAUUGGUUGGCUCCUGUAUAAAUAUUUGGUGCGAGGCGACAACAGCAUCAGUGCAGCUUGAAACUUCAGCGGACUUUAUCAGUACCCAGAGACCCAGAGGAGCUCAUGGCGUUACCGAUAAACCUCUGUUGGAUGCUGGUUCUAAGCGCCUGCCUCGUACUUAUGGUCAGAGCUGAAUGUGAUAAAGACUGUGCAUUCUGCACCUACCACAUGCAGGGUCGACAAACAGAGAUAAACACGAUUACAUGUACACUAGAAUGUGAAGGAAAGUUGGCCCCUAAAAGGUCGUGGGAUCUGUGCAAAGGGGUAUUGCUAGGGGAAAAGCCUGACAGUUCGACAGAGGAAGGCCAAAGUGUCACUGAGAGCGCCAAGCAGGAAAAUGACGAACAUCAACUGGCAAAGAAGUAUGGCGGCUUCAUGAAACGCUACGGCGGGUUCAUGAAAAAAACCGCUGAACUCUACAACGUCGAAUCAGAUGACCAAGACCACGGCAGAGAGAUUCUUGCGAAGAGAUACGGUGGAUUCAUGAAGAAAGACGGAGAACACGUAGUGGACACGCUUACCAUUUUAAAUGACAUCCUGAACAUGGAGGGCGGCAAAGGAGGCCAAACUGAUUGGGAUGGGGAGAUCCUGAAAAGAUAUGGAGGGUUUAUGAGAAGCAUUAAAAGAAGCUUGGAUCUGGAAGAUGGUAUGAAAGAGCUGCAGAAAAGGUAUGGAGGAUUCAUGAGGAGGGUGGGCAGACCGGAAUGGAAGGAAGAUCUAAAAAGGUAUGGAGGGUUUUUCAGGCGUUCCUGGGAGGAAGAUGGGGAGAGUAACUCCGAAAACAUGCCAGACAUGGAGAAGAGAUAUGGGGGAUUUAUGGAUUAUUAAUUUCCAAAUUAAAAGACUUUAAGAAUCAUCUUUUCAUGUCCCACUGUCUUGCUUGCAAUGUACAGUUUUUUAACUGUCUGAGCUAAAGAUUACCUAUCAGUAUAAUUCUUCCUCUUCCACUCAACCUUACAAGCCUUUCAGUAAGUAUUUAGAUCUAUGUUUAUUUCAGUGAGUGCAGUUAGGGUGUUGUCCACUCUAUACCAUACAAUAUAUUUUUACUGAGCAGAACCCUUCUCUUGCCACAGUCAGCAAGAUUAUGAGAAAGUAUUAUAAUGUGCUCUCUAUCUAUCUCCCCUCUCUCUCUCUCUCUCUCUCUCUCUCUCUCUCUCUCUCUCACUCACACACAGAGCUUUUAGGUAAGUAGCGCUGUGAAUGUUGAGAGUGCACAUUAAUGAAAUUCAGUGCCAAACAUAAAAUAGAGUAGACAUGUAAGGCAGUGGUUUUAUUAAAUCUGAAGCUAUUAUGGGGAGACCUAAAUCCUGUGCUUCAUAUAUAUUAAAAUAAACAAUUAUUUUCUUUUUACUUCUACUGAAAAUGCCAUGUGACAUCUUGCACUUUUGAGCUCAAUAAGCUAUUUGCUGGCCAGGAAAAGGGUUUGAAUUAUGUUGUUAAAUGAUUUGUUCAUAUUUCUCUGUGUAUGUAGUUAUUAAGGUUUUGACUCGUUUUUUCAAAUGUUAUCUAUUUUUUCAUUUGAGUGAAAGCUGUAUCUCCUAUUGCUUAGCUUAUGACAAUAAAUUCAUCAAACUGCAGAAA